CACCGGCUCGCGCCAUGCCUCCGCCGCCGCCGCCCGCCGCCGCCGGCAGCCCACCACCGCCGUGACCUCCGCCCCCACCUCCCGCCCGUCCUCGCCGGCGCCGCGUCGUUCUCCCUCCUCCUCCUCUUCCUCGCCCUCCUCCUCUCCGUCUUCCUCUACCGCAGGUUCUCCCGCGCCCGCACCGCCCCCGCCGACUCCAAGUCCCCCGCCGCCACCCGGCGGAGCAGGACGAGGAGCAACCACCACCAGCUCCGCCGCUUCUCCUACUCCCUCCUCCGCCGCUCCACCUCCUCCUUCUCCCCCGCCUCCCUCCUUGGCCACGGCGCCUUCGGGUCCGUCCACAAGGCCCUCCUCCCCUCCCACCCCUCCCCGCUCGCCGUCAAGCUCAUGUCCUCCCCCUCCGCCGCCGCCUCCGCCUCCGCCGCCGCCGCCGCCACCUCCGACCGCGAGUUCCGCAACGAGCUCUCCCUCGCCACCGUCCUCAACGGCUCUCCCCACAUUGUCUCCAUCCACGGCUACUCCACCAACCGCCGAGGUAACCGGCUCUUGCUCGUCUACGAGUUCAUGCAGAAUCGGAGCUUGCAGGACGCCCUGUUCGACAAGAAGUGCGCCGAGCUCGCCGAGUGGCGCCGGCGGUUCGACAUCGCGGCCGACGUCGCGAGGGGGCUCGAGUAUCUGCACCACUGCUGCGACCCCCCGGUGAUUCACGGCGACAUCAAGCCGAGCAACGUGCUGCUGGAUUCGGAGUUUAGGGCGAAGAUUGGGGAUUUCGGGCUUGCUCGGUUGAAGACCGAGGAAAUCGUGGAGGAGGGCGAUAAUGUGGAUGGUGGGGUUGAGAAUGGGAACGUGAUAAUCCUCGAGGAGGAUAACAAUGGAUCCAUCUUGGAAGAGUUGGAGAGCGUUGCCACCGGCUGCGACGAGGGCAGCAGCCGGUGCUGCGCAGAGCAGUCGCCCGAGAGCUGCGUGAUCAGGGUCUUGGAUUCGGAGGAGUCUCCGGAGGUGGCCGUGGUGUCGCCGGAGAUGGGAUUAGAAAGAGGGAGUGCGUCCGAGGGGUGUUUCGACGGGACUAGCAUAGAGAGCGGUAAGGAUGUGAAUCGAGCGAAUGCCGGCGGUGCCGAGAAGAAGGGGAACUCGAGGAGCAAUUGGUGGUGGAGGCAGGACAAUGGAGGAGGGUCCGAGUCGGGGCGAGUGAAGGAUUAUGUAAUGGAGUGGAUCGGCAGCGAGAUUAGGAAGGAGAGACCCAAGAGCAAUUGGGUUUCGUCCCCCGGUGCGGCGAAAGACGAGGGGUCGAGCCGGAAGCUCGAGCCGCCCAAGAAGCAGAGGAAAAGGUGGGAAUGGUGGGCCUCGUUGGAUGAGGACAGAGCGCCGAAGAAGGAGAAGAAGAAGCAGAAGCCGAAGGAGUGGUGGAGGGAGGAGUUCUGCGACGAGCUCUCCAAGAAGACGAAGAAGAAGCGAGGGAAUUGCUCGGGUGACGGAGGGGAAGUGUGGUGGCAGCAGAAGGAGGACGACGGCGACUCUGCGCAGGAGAGGAAGAGGAGGAAGAGCAGGAGCAGUCGGGGCAGCAUCGAUUGGUGGAUGGACGGAUUGAGCGGAGAGCUGAGGAACGGGAGGAGGAAUAGCCAGGAAUGGUCUUGCACGAGCGCCGGCGACAUAAUACCGAAGAGGGGCAUCAGCAGCACGCCGAGCAUGAGGGGGACCGUUUGCUACAUCGCCCCCGAGUAUGGCGGUGGCGGGCAAUUGUCGGAGAAAUGCGAUGUGUACAGCUACGGAGUCUUGCUUCUGGUCCUCGUCUCAGGGAGGAGGCCGCUGCAAGUGACUGCCUCUCCGAUGGCGGAGUUCGAGAGGGCCAAUCUGAUCUCUUGGGCGAGGCAGUUGGCUCAAAACGGGAGGCUCCUGGAUCUUCUCGACAGCUCCAUACACUCGCCGGACAAGGAACAGGCAUUGCUCUGCAUCACCAUUGCCCUCCUCUGCCUACAACGGUCGCCGGCCAAGCGACCGACCAUGGCGGAGGUCGUGGUGAUGCUCUCCGGCGAGGCCGAACCGCCCCAGCUACCAUUCGAGUUCUCCCCGUCGCCGCCCUCCAAUUUCCAGUUCAAGUCCCGAAGGAAGGCCCGUUGAGCUCCCAACCGGAAUCCUAGAUUCCAAUCCACGGUCUUGGUUUUCCACUGACUGACCGUAGAGUGUGGAAUGGUCGCUGGGGUUUCAGCAAAUUGUGGUCAUUUGUAGAUUUAGCGAUGCUACAAAAAAUUGGAAUGAUGAAAACACCAAGAAAAGAUGACGCUUUUCCAAUCCUUCUCGGCCUCCUAUCGAAUGUGAAACCUUAUCAGGCGACGCGAACACUGCUAAUAUUGCCCUGUUGGGGUGGUUGCUUUGGACAGCGGCUUUGGCCCUACCAGCUGCGCAUCAUCAUCGUUCUUACUUCUUGGCAGCUGUUGAAUUUAAGGAGCUACAGUACGUUUGGUGAAUUCGGGACAUCGUGGGGUAAAAAGGAAAGACAUAGUUCUUGGUUUCCUUCCUUUAUUCAUCAAUCGUUGGAUUCCUUGGCAGAACGGACGUGCUCUGACUUUGCGAAUUUCUUCCCCUCCGGGCCCAAGAAAGUCGGAGACUUUUUCCUUGGGUGCGCCUCUUUCUGCGUAAAGGAGAGAGCUUUCGAGGAUUUAGCAGGGUCGUCGCGCGCAGAAGUGGGCAUCUCUGCUUUUUCUCGGGUUUCGAUGCUCGGUGCAACUUGGAUGGGAGGCCAAUCGAGUAAGAUUUUCUCUUUUCUGCAAUUAGGGAGGAUCGAUUUGGGGGUGGGGGUACCUAAUUAUGAAAAUUUGUGAAAGCUAAAGGGAUAUUUGCGGGCUCGAGAGGAUAUUUUACGACCACGACGUUGUUCUAAGCAUUGACCAUCUCUUAAUUUUGUGACAGCACAGACGUUUGUGGAAUGGAAAUGUGUUAAUUGUCCAUUAAUGAGAAAUAGUGAAACAUUGUCAUUUUCAAUGCA